AGCCCAUAGCGAACCACGUUCGCACACCGAGCCCGCAUCCAAUGAGUCCGUUCGCCUCCCUCUCCAUCUCCGCCCCUUCGACCCCGCUCGUCACCUCCUCCGCCGCGAUCUCUCCAUCCAAAUUCUCUUCCCCUUCUCCUCCUCCACUUCGGCGUGGUUCGAUCCAUUUGUGCGCUCGCUUCGUUCCCUCCUCACUCUCCAAAAGAAGCUUCUUUGGUUCUUUCUCGAAGCCUCUAGAAGCGGCGCCAUGGGAGCCGCCCAAGUACGUGUACCCCGACCCGAUCCCCCAAUUCGCCGUUGCCGAGGCCCACAAAUUUGGGAGCGAGCUUCGGAAGAAGCUUCUGAAGAGCAAGGAAGUGUUUGGAGACGACAUUGAUGAGGUUGUCAAAACAUGCGAACAGAUAUUCAGUGAUUUCUUGCACAAGGAAUAUGGAGGUCCAGGGACACUCUUGGUGGAGCCUUUCACCGACAUGUUGCUCGCACUCAAGGAGAAGGAACUCCCCGGCGGUCCCGUGGCGGCAAGGGCCGCGCUGUUAUGGGCGCAAAACCAUGUCGACGACGACUGGGAUACUUGGACUUCUCGGCGACCUCAGUGAGCAAGCAUUUCAGAAACAAACACAGGAUUUCCACAGCGAAAACCUAACACUCUUCUCUCUCCGGAGAGUAGAGAGAAAGAACCCGCCAAAGAAAAAAGUAUCAAAAUCUAAUUUUUCACAGCUAAAAAAGACCGAGAAAUCCAAAACCCAGGUGAGAAAAACGAGCAACAAGAAGAAGAGGAAGAAGAAGAAGUGCGAGCUCUCCAACAGAGUGAAAGAAGUGAACACACACACUCAGCCCAAAAGAUACUCAGAAGGGAAAAAGAAGAGAAUGAAGUAGUAGCAACAACAAUACCACCUAAAUGAAAAUGAAAAUGAAAAUGAAUCCCACACCCCUCCUCCCCCCCUGUUGUACUGUUCUGUUCUCUUUUUUCCUCCCUCCUCGUCGCAGAGGAAUCUUCUGCCGCACCUCCUUUUAUUCUCUCUCUCUUCUUCUUCUUUACCCCUCUCUCUCUUUCUCUCUCUCUCUCUCUCUCUCUCUCGUAUGUGUGUGUAUUUUCUGUAAAGCCUAACUUCAGUAGGAAGUAAAGAAUGCUACCUAAAGAUUAAUAUUUUCCUCUUUACUCUCUA